AUGGGAUUGGUGCACUGUGGGAUAUGUGAGCGGGAAUUGGAUGACAUAGACACAAAGACUAAACUAUAUUGUCCGUCGUGCAUGAGUUUCCGGCUGCUCAAAUACAAUAUUAACAAUAUUAACAUCAAAGAAAUCAAUUCCAAGAUGGUCCAUGAUAUCAAUAGGGUUUUGGAUGUGUGUUUUGGAGAUAAUUAUCGUAAAUAUCUAGAGUUAUAUUUGCAAGGCCAUUAUAAAUUUGACAACUUGGAAGGCACCGAUGUCUCUAUUGACUCAAUUGCAAGGUUGGCUCUGAUGUUGUUGAAUGUCGAGAUGAUGAGAAAGAUCAAAGGAUUAGACAGUGUUGCACGUAUUCUAAGGGAAAAGGAGGAGAAAAACGAAAUUUUGCGAAGUCGAAUCAGGUUGCUAAAGAAGACGACUAUAGAGAGGAAGUCCAUGCUAGAUAUCGCUCGGAUAGAUUUUAAUAAACUUCAAUAUACAAAACAUAAAGAUGUCAAGGAGACGCUCAAUUAUAUGAAUGACAAUAUUGUACUUAGACAGCUGAGCAGAAUCAGAGAGAGGCAGCAAUCAAUGAUAUUUGAUAUCUUCAUAUUGUGGAAUAUUGAAAUCAUUGAAACUAACCAACUAAGUAUCCUACUGACCCCCAUAAUCGGAAUUGAUAAGAUACACGAGUAUACCUUGGAUCUUACACUAGAAUCUCUAAUGAAAAGUGCCAUUUUUGUGUCAGUUGUGGCACAAGCUCUACAGGUGUACAUGCCAUAUCAAGUUGGUGUUCGAGAGAAUGAUUUACGAGUGGGGGACAAAAUAUUCAGGUUCAAGGGUAAAAUGACGAUCGAAGACUUGGACAAGUUAGGAUUGAUGGAGUUCUGUAUUGGUCUAUCACAGGUGGUGCUAAAUAUUGUGACCUUAUUAAAAUACCUAAUUCCAGGAUUCCUCCAAGAGUGUCCCACUUUCGCCACUAUCUUACAAUAUGAUGCAUUGAUAAUUCGCAUCAUUGAUUCUCUAAAAAGAUUGAUUCAAUAUGAUAAGAUUAGGAGCACCAAUAUCCGAUUGUUGAAAGAAAAGAGUCGACAACACCAAACCGCAAUUCACAAACAAAGGAGUAAAGGAUGGUUUUUCAGUAAACCUACAAAGGACUCUCAGAAUAAAGAGGGAUUGAAUGAGACGGAACUCCCUAUCAAGAGUUACAAAUUAAGAGAUCCGGGCGCUUUCAAGCAGGCACUUUCCUUACGUAGAGACCGUGCAUGUAUGGAUACCACUGUAUCCUCAACGUCGCAUCCCAGAAUCACCAUUCCACCAAGUGCCCAAGAAGGCCUCCCUCUUCUUCAUGACCAUCGAGCAUUAGCCGAAGCUUUAUACACGUUUAUAAGGGGCCGUUAA